UAUAAAUUGGUGAACCCAUUGGCAGGAGCCUGAUAGGGUCGGGAACAUGGAUAUGUUCAAUGAAGCGUGACUCGCGGAGGUCGACUUCGGCUCUGACACGCCACACGACCUCUGGUGGCUCCAAGGGAUGCCGAUCUUCUCUGGUAAAUAAAUCACCACCUCAGAACAGCUGAUAUCUAAACCUCUUGGAUGGAGGAGGACACACUCCAACCCGUUCUCACCCUGAACAUGACCCCGCCCAACAUGACAAACAGUACCCCCACUGGGGGCCCCAGCGACUCCUGCUACGAAAUCUAUGAUAAAGCCAUCACAUUUCAGUUCUACACCUGGGGAAUUGUGGGAAACAUCAUAGCGGCAUAUGGCAUUAUCGGGAACAUCCUGGCAAUCUUGGUUCUGCGACACCGUCUGAUGCGGAGCUCGACGUCGUACUACUUGAUUUCUCUUGCAGUCUAUGAUACCGGCGUGUUACUGGCCAUGAUUCUGUUGUUUGCCCUCCCUACGAUUUACCUGGAGAAGGCUCUACUAAUGGAGUACUUCUUCGCCUCUAAAUACAUGAACCAGUAUCUGUACCCCCUGGCUCUGGUGGCUCAGACGGGAACAGUUUACACGACCGUGGGCUUCACGAUAGAACGCUACAUCGCCGUGUGUCACCCCCUCAAGGCAGCCAACACAUGUACAAAGUCCCGCACCAAGAGAAUUAUCAUUCUCAUUUUUGUCUGCUCAGUUAUUUACAAUGUGCCUCGAUUUUUUGAAUUCACAGUUGUGGAGACUUGGAACCCCAAUCUGAACCGUUCAGUGCCAGAAGUGAUGACUACAACCCUCGGAAAUAACAAAGACUUCAGAAAAGUCUAUUUCAUCUGUCUGCAUCUGAUAGUCAUGUUCCUCGCACCAUUUGUCCUCAUAUCUAUACUCAACAUUCAGCUCAUGAGAGCAGUGAAAAACGCGAAAAAGACUCGUAACAGAAUGAGUACGAACGCAGCCAAGGAGGCCAAUCUGACCAUCAUGUUAAUCGCUGUGAUCGUCGUCUUUCUCAUCUGUCAGCUGCCCUCCAUCGCAGACAACAUUCUGUUUACUAUCUUUGAUCAGGGUGUGUUACAGUGCAGCCUGCAUUACGUGCACUUGACUUCUAUCAGUAACCUGAUGGUGACAGUCAACUCCGCAGUGAACUUUAUUUUAUAUUGUGUUUUUGGCAAGCGCUUCCGCCGGGUCUUCAUCAAGAUUGUGUAUUACCCCUGGAAACGUAAGAGCACACGCUACAAGUACACAUUAUACGACAGUUCCGGAAGUCGCCGUGGAAACAGCAUGAAGGUUUACAACACAGAAAGCACCUUCCUCUGAGUCAAUGAGAAACUUCAUGUAUAUCUUUUGUGCUAUUUAUUUUUUCAUUCCAUUUGUUAAAAGAAAUGACAAACAAUGUUAUUUUUUUGAAUUAGUUGCAUAUAUUAAUGAUGAAUCAUUGAUUUCACUGUAAAUAUUUCAUACUUUAAAUUGAAUCACACAACAAAAGUACUUCAAAGCUCUGAACUGACCUCAAGGUAUCAGUCAGUAUCAAUAUCGAUGUGACAAAUUGCGAUCAGGAAAAUGUUCUUUGGUUUGACAUUAAAUAAUUACCUUGCUUA